AUGCUCUUGAGGGGCCUGGAGCGCUCCCCAAGGGAUGGCUCUGGCCCGGAGCGCUCCCCAAGGGAUGGCUCUGGCCCGGAGCGCUCCCCAAGGGAUGGCUCUGGCCUGGAGCGCUCCCCAAGGGAUGGCUCUGGGCGGGAGCGCUCCCCAAGGGAUGGCUCUGGGCUGGAGCGCUCCCCAAGGGAUGGCUCUGGCCUGGAGCGCUCCCCAAGGGAUGGCUCUGGCCUGGAGCGCUCCCCAAGGGAUGGCUCUGGCCUGGAGCGCUCCCCAAGGGAUGGCUCUGGCCUGGAGCGCUCCCCAAGGGAUGGCUCUGGCCUGGAGCGCUCCCCAAGGGAUGGCUCUGGCCUGGAGCGCUCCCCAAGGGAUGGCUCUGGGCUGGAGCGCUCCCCAAGGGAUGGCUCUGGCCUGGAGCGCUCCCCAAGGGAUGGCUCUGGCCUGGAGCGCUCCCCAAGGGAUGGCUCUGGCCUGGAGCGCUCCCCAAGGGAUGGCUCUGGGCUGGAGCGCUCCCCAAGGGAUGGCUCUGGCCUGGAGCGCUCCCCAAGGGAUGGCUCUGGCCUGGAGCGCUCCCCAAGGGAUGGCUCUGGCCUGGAGCGCUCCCCAAGGGAUGGCUCUGGCCUGGAGCGCUCCCCAAGGGAUGGCUCUGGCCUGGAGCGCUCCCCAAGGGAUGGCUCUGGCCUGGAGCGCUCCCCAAGGGAUGGCUCUGGCCUGGAGCGCUCCCCAAGGGAUGGCUCUGGCCUGGAGCGCUCCCCAAGGGAUGGCUCUGGCCUGGAGCGCUCCGCAAGGGAUGGCUCUGGCCUGGAGCGCUCCCCAAGGGAUGGCUCUGGCCUGGAGCGCUCCCCAAACGCCUGCCAGUUAGAGAUGGUGAUGGCACUUCUUGUAGCCCCACAGCUGCAGGAGCGAAUACAGUGCUCUGCUCCUCACAUUCCUGUCUUUUCAGAUCAGUCCUCAAAUCCUAUUACUGGAGCAGUUGAGUCUCAGAAGCCUGAACACUUGCACGGCUUCAUGCCUCAACUGCUGGCCUUGGUGCCUGCUGUGUGCGUUGGAGCAGCAGCAGCCACGGCAACAAGCACCAGAGCCCCCACAGCAGCAGCUAGGGACGUACCCCACAGCACCAGGGGCGUGUGGGCAGCACACCCCGCCGGCACCUCCCAUACCAACGCCCCUCCCUCCGCCUCCUCCCGUCUCUCCUCGUCGUGCCUUCCCUCAGAAAGUGCUGCCUCAGAUCCCUCCGAGUCUCCUCCCAGCCCUGCUGCUCCCGCCAGCCUGUCCGUUUCCCCGUCUGCAGCUGCUGUUUCUGAUGGCCACGUGAGCCGCAUGGGAAGGCACUCGCAGCGCGGUGUGGUGACGGCAUCACAUGCUGCUGAAGCGCACUCCCCCCUCACUUUGCGUCCUCCACCUUUCGCGCGCACGCCCCCCCACCUCACUCGGUCGCAGUGUUCGCUCCGGCUCCGUUCCGCCUCGACUGCCCUCACUGCGCAUCCCCCCUGCCUCCCCGCCUCCUCCCCCCCAUCCCCCUCCCCCCUCUUCGCGCCCAACAACGGCCCCCCUCACCUGGUCGGAGGAUUCGCUCCAGCUCAAACGGAUCUGCGUAUAGCCCACGUGGAAUGGGCUGCUCCAAUCGUAUCGUGA